GAACCGUGAUGUGCAAUAAAUGACAUUGCAAUAGCGGAAGUAAACGGGUGAGGAGGGAACAGGCAGAGAUUUCUGUUUUGGUUCAGAAGCUGAUCCUGUCGCACUCCCCCCCCCUCCCCCCCCGUAAGGAGGCUCCAGUUGCUCGGCUGGAAAAGCAGACCCACGGCUCACAUCGGCCUUCACUCACUCCGUCACUGCCAAGACUUUAAGAUGUCGAAGAAGCUGUUGCUCUUAGAUGUUGACUGUGGGGUGGAUGAUGCCCAAGCGAUCAUGAUGGCUCUUGCAGCUCCUGAUGUACACAUCCUGGGUAUAAUGUGUACUCAUGGAAAUACAAACAUUGAAAACGUGUGCAAAAAUGUACUUCGAGUGCUAAAGGUUUGCCAGAGAACAGAGAUUGAUGACAAAAUGGCUGUUGUGAAACGUCUCAAUAAGAAUAUGCCAUUUAGUCCCUUUGGCCUGAUUGACCAUGCAGUCUCGCUUGUGGCUACUGGCCCCCUGACCAACAUUGCUCUGGCAUUUAAGAUGGACCGCACCUUUCCAUCGAAGUUAAAGCAUCUGUACAUCAUGGGAGGAAACAUGGAAAGCAGGGGGAAUGUGGCGAUCUGUUCUGAGUUUAACUUUGCAGCAGAUCCUGAAGCAGCUUAUAUUGUCUUGAAUCACUUUGCUUGUCCCAUGUAUAUUGCAACUUGGGAAUAUUGCCUUCGCCAUGUGCUACCUUGGGAGUUUUUUAAGGAGUGGGUAAACCAAGGCACUGAGAAAGCUUGCUUCAUGAAGAAGAUAACAACGCACAGUGAAAAAUUUGCCAAAGACAAGCAAGGUGAUAGAGAGAUGUAUUUCGGACCUGGCUUUGUGUCCUGUGAUUCUUUUGCAGUGGCAGCUGCUAUUGAUGAGAGUGUUGUUACUGAAUACAUACGAUAUGGAGUGAGCGUGGAGUUACAAGGUUCAGUAACCAGAGGGAUGAUGAUUGUGGAUACACUUAACGCACUGCAAAAAGAAAAUCAAGCUUUUAUUAUGACGAAAUGUGAUGUUGAGAAGUUAAAGCAGCUCAUGAUGUCUGCUCUGAAGUAGCAGGCUAAAUAACACGGGCAAAAAGAAAAUUGAUCACAAACAUCAGUAGACUUUUUAGAGUGCAUAGUGUGAAUUUGCCUUUACUGUCAAGUGACUUUUUUUCCUGUUUUCUAUCAAUUCGCUAGAAUGUUUCUUUCACUUCUUCUUGGUUUUGCCACUCCCCUUAUAAUUUUCUCCUAAAAGCAUAGGGUAGGACUCACUGGGUUACACCACCAAGGAUAUAUUUCCCUCCCCUCCCCUAUCAGCAUUCCGUAAAGACCACUCCCUCCGUGACUCCCUCGUCA